GGUCGUUGUCCAAGGUUUAAUUCCACUUGAAAGCGGGAGGUGGUUCGAUGGCGUGUUGGCGACCCCAUCCUAUCUGAUUGGUCUUCGUUUUUGGUCUGGCGAUGGUGCGCGGCUUGUGGGCGGUGCUUCGGGUGGUGUCCAGUGAGGGACGUGCUUUGUUAAAGCCAAAUAUACCUGUUUCUGGAGGACUAGGCAUUACAAGAAAUCCUAUAUUUCACUCCAGGUCUGUCUCUUUGAGGAAUAUAUCAAGCAGUGAGGUGAGAAAGCUGCGAGGGUCUGCUGUCGGGAUGCCUGAAAUAAAUACAGAUAACCUGGACGAGAAGCAGGUCCAGCUGCUGGCAGAGAUGUGUAUCCUUAUUGACGAGAACGACCAGAAGACUGGAGCAGACAGCAAAAAGAACUGCCACCUCAACUCUAAUAUUGACAAAGGCUUAUUGCAUCGUGCAUUCAGCGUCUUCCUGUUCAACAGUGAAGACAAGCUGCUCUUACAACAGAGAUCUGAUGCUAAGAUCACUUUUCCAGGGUGUUAUACCAACACGUGCUGCAGUCACCCCUUACACACAUCCACUGAGCUGGAGGAGCUAGAGGCCAUCGGGGUGAGGAGAGCUGCAUCAAGACGACUUGAAGCCGAGCUGGGAAUUCCCAUGGAUCAGGUUCCACCAGAGGAGAUGACCUAUUUGACCCGUAUCCACUACAAGGCCCAGUCAGACGGUGUGUGGGGGGAACAUGAGAUCGACUACAUCCUCUUCAUGCAGAAAGACAUAGAGGUGAACCCAGACCCCAAUGAGAUCAAGACCCACUGUUAUGUCACCAAAGAGGAGCUGAAAGAGAUGCUGAAGAAGGCCAAGAACAACGAGUUACUGAUCACGCCCUGGUUCAGCCUCAUCGCAGAGACCUUCCUCUUCCAGUGGUGGGACAACCUGCAGAACCUCAAACAGUUCAUGGAUCAUGACAAAAUACACAGGAUGUGAUUCUGCGUAGGAUGUGAAUCUUUGGUUACCACCCAAAGUGGAACUCUAUUCCCUAGGGGCCCUGGUAAAAAGCAGUACACUACAUAGGGAAUAAGGUACCAUUUGGGAUGUAGACAUUGUUUGUGUAGYGUUUACAUGGAAAGCUGCUAUGAGGGAUGUAGGGUACUUUAGUCUUACUAGAGUUUGAGAGUUGAUACUUUUUUUUUUUGAUUUCUGUAAAUUGAAUAGAAAGAACGUGGUAGGAAUGAAAAUCAAAUGGAAUUGACCCAGUUUAAAAAAGGAAUGAUUGAGGCUGUAUUGAGGUAUGAUUUUUGUAUAGCUUGUACUGUAUAGCAUUUUUUUUAAUGUAGUAGCUAUACAAGUGCCUGACUGUCACUUAGGCUAAGGUUGUUAUGAAUGUUGUUUUUAGCGAUCUGGCACUGUUUCCCAUUUCCCAUUGUAAUGUAAAUGUAUUAUAUGAAUAAGCAAAAUUUUUGUUGCGUUUGACUUCAAUAAAAUAUCUAAUUAGGGAAUCAAAUGAUUUUACAAGUAAUAGAAUUGUCCAGUAAAUAUUUUCUUAAAUGGAGCCAGAUACCUCUGACAAUGCACUUCACACCAUUGAACAGUAGGUGGCAGUAAACACCCACUUUAGUUUCAAAGGCUCAUUUAGUGUUUUUUUUUCUUCAUGAAUGUGUUAAACUGCUGUGCCUCAACCUUUUCACGUUUGGUGUUGAAAUUCAACUAUGUAAAAAUGUCUCCAUGCAUAUGUUCACUACUUUUACAUUCAACAACGACAAAAUUUUAA